AAAAACCUUGAGCAUUAAAUUGAGACAAAAUUUCAAGUAUAUCCAUACCGUUAUAUAAUCUUAAUAAUAUAUAUUUUAUCAAUGUUUCAAAUAUCCUUAAUGCAAAAUGCAUUUGCUCCCCAAGCUUCUGAACUCUAAAUAGUAUAUAAAUAAUCGGCUUUUACAUAUAAUUUAACAUCUCUUGUUCAUAUGUUUUUCCACAUUCCUAUAUCUUUUCCAGCAAAUUUUAUAGUAGAUAAAUAUGGUACAAAGGCAGGUAAUACAAUUGCCUGUAUUUUGACUUUAACCGGUAGUUGGUUAAGAUUAUUGAUAAAUAAAAAUUUUAAUUAUGCAAUACUAGGUUAGGUGUUUGUAGGAAUUGCCAAUCCAUUUAUAGUUAAUAGUAUGAAUAAAAUUUCUAAUAACUGGUUUUAUCCUAUUUAAAGGCCUAUAAUAACUGGAAUUCUAUCAUUUUCAAGUAUAAUUACUGGUGUAAUAGGUUUAGUAAUUCCCGGUAUAUAUUUUCAAUCAUAUUAAGCUUUACAAGAUAAAAAAUACUCAUAUCAAACAGGUAAAAACCUAACAUUUAAACUGCUUUUUUAUUAAGCAUUAAUAGUAUCUUUUAUUGUUUUUUUGAAUUUUUAUUUUUUCUGUGAUAAACCGAAAACUCCUCCUUCUUAUUGUUCUUUCUAAAAAAGAGAGCCCUUUAUAAAAUCUUUAAAAAUUCUUAUAAUAAACAAAACCUAUAUUUUUAUUUCUAUUGCUUUUUCCUCUGUAUAUGGCACUUUUAUCGUUCUUUCGGUAAUUUUGGACUAAAUUUUAAACCCUUUUGGAUUUUUCUCCUCUCAUACAAGCUUAAUAGGGGCUAUUUUUGUCUUUUCGGGACUUUUAGGGACUGUUUAUUUUCUUAAUGAACUAAAGAACGAGAACAACUACCUUUAUUUAUUAAAAAAGUUGACUUUUUGUGGAAUAUUAUCAUUAGUAAGCUUUUAGAGUAUUCUUUUUUCUCAAAUAUUUAUCCUAGUGUGUCUUCCGACUUUCACUUUAGGUUUUUUUGUGAUUCCGUUAAUCCCUAUUAUUUUAGAAUUAGCAAAUGAGGUUUGUUUUCCUAUUGGAGAAGCAGUAAUUACUGGUUUUAUAUACAGUAUUUCUCAUAUAAUGGGCUUUUUAUUAGGUAUGGGGUUUUCAGUGAUUAUAUAGAAAUUUGAAGGGGAAAAAAUAGGUAGUGUAUUUUGCUGUUUAGGCUUUAUUUUAUUGUUUUUAAUUGCCUUUAUUUCGAUUUUUUUUAUUAAAUAAACUCUCAAAAGAACUUAAUUUGAAAAAAAGCCUAUUUAGAGGAAAAGGCAAGUUAACUUUCAGGAAGUUUAUUUUAAAGUGUAUGAAAAAUAAAAUAACAAUAUAUAUAAAUAAUAUACAUAUAUAAAUUAUUACUUCUUUUUUUUUUUUUUUUUUUCUAUAAAUAUUUUUAUAAAUUUUAUUAUAAUAUAUUAAAUAUUUCAAGUUAUUAUGAUAUUUCUAGUUCUUUUAUAAUUUUUAGAACAUCCUCGAAAUUAUAUUUCGGGUUAAUUAUUUAUUAUAUAUAUAAAUAGGUAAAACUUCCCAUUAAUAAUUAGCAAUCUAAUCUAUCAGAAAUUCCUAUUUUUUCAUUUAAUUUUAAAGUUCUUUUAAAUCCAGAAGCAAAAAAUCCACCAAAAGGUACUAUUAUAGACGAAAAAAAACUUAAAAUAAGCGAAUGUAUUUAAAAGACGGAAAUUUAUACAUCAUAAAGGACAAAAUUCCUUUCAAAAAUCUCAUUUGUAUUACAUUUUUUAAAAUCAAAAGGAAUAAAAGACAUCAAUUCAAAUUUGCAGGUUAAUUAAGGAUAUUUUUAUAUAAAAAUAGAAAAAAAAAAUGCAAAAAUUAAAGAAGAUAAAAAUCCUCCCAAAAAUCCUUCUAAAGAUUUAUUUUAGAAAAAUCUUCUUUUUCCAAAUACCUUCCCAAAAAUAUAACCAAAAACAUCAUUUACAAUGA